AUGCUCGGCACGACACAACCAUCAGCAUUUGUUCCACCAACAUCCAUGUGGAAUCCAGUGGGUUUCCUCGGUGGUACUCAACCAUUACCCACUCUUCCACCACCACUCAUUCACCCCCAACAUCAACCAUUACAACCACCGAUGUUCAACCUGAGACGAAUGCUUUUCCCAGCUCCCGCUCAACACUCAAUGCUCGGCGGAAACGCGCAAGCUCUCGCGCAACCUCGGAAACUUCACUAUCAGGGGGACGGGAUUAAUAGAAAAUCAGCUGAUGGAGAGACGUCUUUGAUUCAC